UGCACCUUCAAAUACCUGCACUCUCUUCCGGUUCGCUCUUUGAGGGUGACUGAGUCUUUUAGUUUAGCUGUAAUUAAAUCUUUCUCCAUCUUCCACCAUGAGGAUUUACAAGGAUAUUUUUACCGGUGAUGAGAUGUUCUCUGAUACCUACAAAAUGAAAUUGAUCGAUGAUGUUUUAUAUGAAGUAUAUGGCAAGGUGGUUACUCGUAAAGCUGGUGAUAUAGAAAUAGCUGGAUUUAACCCAUCUGCUGAGGAAGCUGACGAAGGCACAGAUGAAGCAGUGGAGAGUGGUGUUGAUGUGGUUCUAAAUCAUCGGCUUCAAGAGACCUUUGCAUUUGCAGACAAAAAGUCUUACACCUUAUACCUUAAGGAUUAUAUGAAAAAAUUAGUAGCAAGACUGGAAGAGAAAGCUCCUGAUCAAGUAGAAGUAUUCAAAACCAAUACAAAUAAAGUUAUGAAAGACAUAUUGAGUCGUUUUAAAGACUUACAAUUCUUCACUGGAGAAUCUAUGGAUAUUGAUGGUCUUGUUGCAUUAAUGGAAUACCGUGAAAUUGAUGGUGACUCUGUGCCUGUACUCAUGUUCUUCAAGCACGGCCUUGAAGAAGAGAAAUUCUAAAAAAUUCUAGAUAUUCAACAAAUUGUGGAAAAAUAUUAUGAACUCAAAUCAAGACUGUAUACAUGCUGAGAAGCUGUGAAAUUUAGUUAAAGGGAAACAAUUCUACUUCCAAUCUCAUUUUGUAAUGUAGUUAAAUUAUUCAUUUAAAUGAUUAACAGAAGAAACAAGUAAUUAAUUGUACAUAUAGAAUAACUAAAGGGAAAAUGAUAAAAGAACCAUUAACCCUUCAAUAUAUCGGUAUUUGAUUCACUGUGACGUUUGUAAUAUUAUUUUCUACUUUCUUUUUUUACUCGACACUAUUGGAGCAUUUAAUUUAUAAUUAAUACAAUGGAAGAUGGGGAAAGAACUUUGCAGCAAUGGAAGUAUCAAAAAUAUGUAUAAUUGUUAUUCUUAAGAAUAUCAGUGAAUAAUAUCAGAAACAUACUCUGUAUAAUGUCCAUCAUGAAUAAAAGUGUGUUUUCUUAA